AUGACCCGCGUCAAGGACACCUACGAUCGAAAGACCUUUUCCCGACAGGAAUGGAAAGAAUACGUUCUGGAGUCCGCACUUCCAUUUGACGUUACAGGAGCUGCUUCCAGUGCACCUACUGGCUCGGACUCGCAGCUAAAGCGAGCAUGUCCAGAGCCUUCAAUAGCUCACCUGCUUCUCAACUACUUUGUAGUGAUGAGUUACGAAGAGUCUAGCAUUCGAAUGGCCAAAGAGCUGGGAUACGUUCGCAACAACAAAGACGCCUCCACAUUCAAUAAAAUCUACAAAAUCAGAGAACGAGCAAGCGUACGAGAGCUCAUAAAGGCCGGGAGGAUUUUGGAAGCCAUUGAAAAAAUAUACACGGAGUUUGGGGUGCAGGUCUUCGAGCCCAAUCGAUCGAACGCUGAAGACGGAAUGAAAGGUGAUAGCGACGACGAUGACUUGCAUUUCGAGCUGUUAUUGCUGAACCUCAUAGAAAUGAUCCGGAGACAUCAUCAGAGCGGUGCAUCUCCAGAAGAGUCUAGCGAAUUCAUUUUAGAGCUCAUCGAGUAUUCCCAGGAAAGGCUAGCGCUCAAAGCGGACUCAAACACACAGUACAUGAAAGAGCUGGAACUUGUGAUGACACUUCUGCUUUUCCCCAUGGAGAAAAAAGUUUCUGAGAAGGAGUCUGAAAGGGUCUUGCCUAAAAGUCUGCGCAACCUGUACUCCCUCUCCCUGCGCACGAAGAUCGCGGACUCAGUCAACAGGAAGUUGCUGGAGUCAAUACACUCUCAAAUUUCAAUGGCCAAUGCAGACGGCAAGUUUCCUGACCUCGUUGGGCUCAAUACGGCGGCGCACCAGGCCGUCGCCAGCUACAACGGCAUGUUCGUUUCUAAUAACGACGAGGACGUUUGCUUUGAAACCCCGUCUCACAAGCCAAAUGACCUACGCUCCAAUACGCAAACCCCAUUGGCAGAAAGGCCUUGGCAGCAUAGUGCAUGGAAAGCCACCAGCCGGCUCAUUAAACAGCAAGAACGGGAACGCAACCCCAUCGGGGAGAACACAUCUUCGGAAGACUACAGACACGUCGAGUACGAGGCGAGACUCAUACAAGUCAUGAAGCUGUGGGCGUGGUGCGAAAAUCAACUGCACAAUUGCGGGGUGGGCGUUCCUCGCGUCGAGGGCGGCGUUUAA